GUUUUACCGAAUCUCGGACCACGUGCUCGUACGGAUGAAAUACGAAUCCGCCCAUAGAUGGCUUCCGGACUGUCGUUCCGUAUUUGUUCUUUGCUGGAUCAGUAACCAGCUACUUAACGUUACUUAAGUUCUGAGAAUUACAUCGUCCUCCCUUAUCUUCCAAAAUGGCUGCGAGGUUCUUGAAGAAAGUGGUUACAAACACAGUGCCUUUCACACGCCAUUAUAGCAGUGAAGUGAGAACUGUUACCCUCAUCCCUGGAGAUGGAAUAGGGCCAGAAAUUUCAGCAGCAGUGCAGAAAAUAUUCGCCGCUGCCAAUGUGCCAAUUCAAUGGGAAAGUGUGGACGUUACUCCAGUCCGUGGACCAGAUGGCAAAUUUGGCAUUCCACAAGCCGCUAUCGACUCAGUUAACAAACAUCAGGUGGGCCUUAAAGGUCCCUUGAUGACACCUGUUGGCAAAGGACAUAGAUCUCUUAAUUUAGCUUUACGCAAGGAAUUUAACCUUUAUGCAAAUGUACGACCAUGCCGGUCAUUGGAAGGUUACAAAACCUUGUAUGAUAAUGUAGAUGUUAUAACUAUACGAGAAAACACAGAAGGAGAAUACUCAGGAAUUGAACAUGAAAUUGUUGAUGGAGUUGUACAAAGUAUUAAGUUGAUUACAGAAGAAGCUUCCACUCGUGUUGCUGAAUUUGCCUUCCAGUAUGCAAAGGAAAAUGGCAGGCACAAAGUGACAGCUGUUCACAAGGCUAAUAUUAUGAGAAUGUCUGAUGGUUUGUUUCUGCGAUGCUGUCGUGAUCAAGCUGAAAAGCAUCCAGAUGUCAAAUUUGAAGAGAAAUAUCUGGACACAGUAUGCCUUAACAUGGUGCAGGAUCCAGGACUGUAUGAUGUGCUAGUCAUGCCAAACUUAUAUGGUGACAUCCUGUCUGAUAUGUGUGCUGGCCUUAUUGGUGGCUUAGGUCUUACACCAAGUGGCAACAUUGGACUAAAUGGUGCACUGUUUGAAUCUGUCCAUGGAACAGCUCCUGACAUUGCUGGGCAAGACAAAGCUAACCCCACUGCACUUCUUUUAUCAGCUGUAAUGAUGUUAAGAUACAUGAAGCUUGUAAAACAUGCGGAUUUGAUAGAAAAUGCAUGCUUGGAUGUUAUAAAGGAAGAAAAGUUCCGCACGGGUGACUUGGGUGGUAAUGCCAAGUGUUCUGAAUUUACCAAUGAAAUUUGUCGCAGAGUAGAAAACAGAGGGUAAAACAUGAUGUUUUGUAGAUAAUCAGUCACUAGAGCAGUAUUUUAAAGAAACUAGAAGCUAAUUUAUAGGAAUACUUCCUUUGACUGGACAGGAACUUUUCCUUUAAUGAGGUUUCUUUAUGUCAUGUGGUGCAUUACAUAGUCAAGUAGGACAAAAUUUCAUGAUCAUUGUACAGUAAUUGUUAGUUUGGAGUAAAAGCAAUGCUAAUUUAUUAUGAAUCUGUAUAUAGACUUUGAGCUGGCUCGUUGUUCUAAGGAAGGAAAAGGCCCAAGUGCAAAAAAUAUAUUGCUGCAUUAUCUCGUAUGAAAUGUAGCUGGCUACAACCUUUGUUUUAAAUAAUUUUCCACGCAAGUGAAAAUAUUUUCACUAGAACCAUUUUUUUGAGAAAUCAACUUGCUCUUUGGUCAGUGCACCAAAAAAUUGUUAUUUUUAUUUUAAAAGGUCUACAAAUGUUGCUCUUAUUUAUUUGAUUAGUGUAAGUUUGACUAAGGUUUGAUCAUUCUGAUAUUUAUAUAUGCAGUGACAAUACAUAAUCAGUGAAGUACAUGGAGUUUGUGAAAUGACUUGCCUGAUACAUUCAGCACCUGUGUGCUCGACUAUGUAAUUUAUUGUUGAAUAAAGCAUAACAUACAAUUAUUAA